AUGUCCGAUAAAUUGGUGUUUUUGUUGCUGUACAGCCUCGUGACUCUCGUAAGCACAUCCAAUGUACUAGAUAAGUAUAAGAAGAACGCUGGCAGUGUGGUUCACGGUCGAUAUUCGCGCGAUAUACAUAAUCCUCAUUUCCUCGUACCACGUCACGUCACCGAAGAUGGAAAAUUCAGUAGCUAUGAAUUGCCAAAAUAUUAUGAUCAUCGAGAGAUUAAUGAGAGAGACAAAAGAUCGUCGCAUCUUGAUACUAAAACAGUCCAUCUGAUGUUACCUUUCAACGGGAUCGAUCACCAUGUCGAAUUGACUCCUUAUCACGAAUUUAUCUCACCCCAAAUGGUGAUUGAGACACGUGGCCCUGGUAUCGAAAGAAGCCUCAAUGAGGGAUUACGUUUCACUAGAGCAUCCGAUGAUCAAUGCCAUUAUAGAGGACACGUUCGAGGCCAUCUCAAUUCUCGUGCUGCGCUAUCUCUUUGUGAUGGAGUGGCUGGAUACGUUCAAACUAACGAUGGGCGAUACUUCAUUGAGCCGGUUGACGCCUCAAAGCCAGAAUCGGACGGACAGCAUGUUCACAUUGCGUACUCUCGUGAAAUACCUCAUGAGAUCGAUGGUUCAACAACGGUUGUGGGCCCAAAACGAUUCUGUGGAACUUCCAGCAACUGGGAAGCAGCGUGGGCUGAACAACUUGCCAAAAAACAGCAAUUUCUCGCCGACAACAAAGCGGAAAUGCAACCGAUUAAUGCAUCUACGUGGAUGGGAAGCUCGCAACAUGCCGUGCCACGACAAAAUUCCGGCUCGCACAGUAUUCACCGCUACAUAGAAGCUGCUGUCAUUUGCGACCGUCGUUUCCUCGAUUAUCACAAACAAACCGACUACGAAAAGUACGUCAUGACCAUCAUGAACAUGGUCUCCGAUUUUUGGCAUGACGCGAGUUGCGGCAAUCAAGUUGACGUCAUUGUUGUUCGUGUUAUUUACCUCGAACAGGAGAAAAAAGAGAUCGAUUUAAAUAUCUCGCCAAAAGGUGAACAAACUUUGGACAGUUUUGCGGCGUGGGCUCACAAACUUAAUCCCAAAGAUUUAAGACAUCCGAAUCACCAUGAUGUGGCACUCCUCUUAACGAGGUAUGACAUUUGCUCGAAAGACGCUUCGUGCGAGCUCACGGGUCUUGCCUUCGUCGCAGGAGCCUGUGAUCCUCCACACGCUGCUGCUAUUAACGAGGACGCUGGUUUGGUUCUUGGUAUCGUCGUGGCUCACGAAAUCGGCCACUUAAUGGGCUGCGCUCAUGACUCGGUGGAAGAAACUGGAUGUCCAUAUCAGAAUGAUAAAGACAAAAGUUACUACUUGAUGUCCCCCGUCGUCUCCCUCCACACAAUCAAAUGGUCAACCUGCAGUAGGAAACUCAUCACAACCUUCCUCGAGAGUGGUCUCGGAGAGUGCCUCAAUAAUAACCCACGAAAUCCAUCGGAGAAAUAUAGUUACGCUAACAUGUUACCAGGUACCAUGUACGAUCGCGAUGCUCAGUGCAAUCUUCAGAUGCCUGGAUCGAAGAAUUGUGACAUGGGACAGGAUUCGGCUUGUACGACGUUGUAUUGCGAAAAAGGAACACAGUGUUUCUCCAAAGGGGACCCCCCGGCAGAUGGUACAAAAUGUGGAGAGAGAAAGUGGUGCAUCCAUUUGAAAUGUGUCGGUAUGGGUUCUCGUCCAUCUGCUGUAAACGGUGGCUGGGGUCAAUGGGGACCGAUGAGUCAGUGCUCGAGAACUUGUGGUCUUGGGAUUAAAAUAUCAGAAAGAGAAUGCAACAAGCCGAUCCCUUCGAAUGGUGGCAAAUUUUGCAUUGGCGAAAGAAAAAGAUAUGAGAUCUGUAAUCCGACGCCCUGUGAUCCUUCAAAACCUCCAUUUCGAGCGGUCCAAUGCACAGCGUUCAACAAUAAGCCGGUCGGAAGUGACCAGACCAAGCAUAAGUGGAUACCCUAUUUUGCGACGGAUCUCGAACCUUGUGCUCUUUACUGUAUCAACGAAAAGAACACUUAUAUCAAGCUUGAACCAGUGGUUAAGGAUGGAACACCGUGCAAAGGUGGUACGAACAACAUAUGCAUAAGCGGUGGUUGCAGGAAAGUUGGCUGCGAUUUCGUCGUCGAUUCUUCCGCGAUAGAGGAUAACUGCGGGGUGUGUCAGGGUGAUGGCACUACUUGCUCCCCGGUAGAGGGCCUUUUCACGAAAUCGGGAUUAUCCAAUUAUCAGGCGGUCGUCACGAUCCCGAAAGGGGCUCGCAGCGUCAGGGUACUAGAAAAGGGCCCAAGCAAGAAUACUCUGGCGGUGAAGACGAAAUUUCGCAACAAAUAUUGUCUCAACGGAAAAAAUAAAGAGCAGAGAGACGGCGAUUACCCUUGCGCAGGAUCACUGAUCGUAUAUUCUCAUCCCCAAAAACAGAAAGAAGAACUUUGGAUACACGGACCCCUCGAAGAACCGAUAGUGAUCGAAUACGUGUUCUACAGACCUAGACAGAAUCCUGGAAUAGUCUACACUUACUACAUCAAGGGAACCGUUGCUAAAAGCGUCGCAGCAAAGUAUUCAUGGGAUUUCACCGAGUGGGGUGAAUGUUCGGCACGGUGCGGAGGCGGCACUGCGAUUUCUGAGCCCUCGUGCAUCGAAGAAACGAGCGGAAUGGUUUCGCCGUCAUUUUGUAAACAUAUUAAGCGGCCUGACCCGAAAAGUCGCAUAUGCAACGAGCAGCCUUGUCCAGCAAACUGGCGCGUUAGUCAAUGGAGCAAGUGCAGUGCUUGCGGCGGUAAAAAGGGAGUUCGUCAGCGGAAGGUCCAAUGCGUGAAGCCAGCCCCCAGUCCUGGAGGUGACGAUAUAAUAGCAGAAUUCGAUGCGUGUACCGGCAAAGUGCCGAUACAGGAGGAAAGUUGCGUCGGUGAAAAGCCCUGUAAAAAAGUGUGUUCGAAAAAGAGUCGCGAAUGCAAUUACGGAGAAAUCGAAAUUCCGGAUCCGAAAGAGCGCCAGCGUGUGAUAACGGAACAACGGAGAGCGAUCGACAAUUUGGUCGAUCUCGGCUUGGCGCGUUAUCUCGAAAAAACGAGACACGAAACGGCCAGAGAGAUCUCAGGGAAGCCAUUGAAACGCGACAUUUCUGUGGACUUCAAGAGCCUAUUGAAAGAUUGGAUUUUGCUGGGUAAUGAUAAAAAAGAUAAGAGAACGUGUAACAAAAAUCUUCUUCAAAAGGCAUCUUGCGGAACUCACAGCGAGCACCAAUCAUCUCCGAACAAAGAUUCUGGAGGCGAAGGGCACGACUCUGAUGAGAAUGCCAACCACAAAAUGGUCACUCUCAAACCAGGAUCCAUCGUCAAAGACGUCAGACCACCCGGCGACACGGUGCUUUACGAAGUACCGAUCGUCGACUUACACAUUAAGGGCAACAUAUCGGACACUGGUUUUCAGCAAGCUGGUGACAAGAUCCCCAUCGGCGUUAAUAACGACGAAGCCAAAGUUUAUCAUGGCCUGGAAGCUGUCAAAAAACUUACUGAGAACUCUACUCAGACUCCGAAGAAGCUUAAGACUGAGAAUUCUGAAAACCCACGCAAAGAGUCAUCAGAGAGUUCCAAAAUCUCUGACGAGCCCUCGAAUUCAUCUCAAGCUGAGAAAAAUUCUAUUAAAAGACCAACUUCUGCAGAUCUACCGGGAAAUGGUGCUGAUCGCGAGUGA